AUGAGGAGGCUGCUCCUCUGCCUUCUGGCCCUCAUCCCAAUCUGGACGAUGCAUGGCCAGGAGGACAAUUGCAAAGGUCUUUGCGGCAGGCGCCCCUUGGCACCCAGCCACUCCCUCCCCGUUGUGGGAGGCAUCGACACUAUGCCAGGCACCUGGCCCUGGAUGGUCAGCAUCCGGACCCCGUUCAAGUCUGGCUACCAACACACCUGUGGAGGGUCGCUCAUUGGCACCAGGUGGAUCCUCACGGCAGCCCACUGCUUCAAAGACAUAAGGCACCUGACCAAUUGGGAACUGGUGUUCGGCACGAACAAACUGUCCCACCCAGGCCCUGAUGCAGAGGUCCGCUUCCCCAAGAGGGUGGUGCAGCACGAGAACUACCAGCCUCGCCAGCAGAUCAAUGACAUUGCCCUGGUAGAAUUGGAUGACCCCGUGAAGUGCACCGACUACAUCCAGCCCGCCUGCUUUCCAGACAGUUCGGUGGACGUCUCCAGCAUGGUCCAUUGCUACAUUGCUGGGUGGGGCUACACGCGGGAGAAAGACAAGUCUCCAUCAGAUGUCUUGAAGGAGGCCAAGGUGGACCUCAUCCCCACAGAGAAGUGCAACAGCAGCAACUGGUAUUACGGAAGCAUCUCCGCCAGUAACUUGUGUGCUGGAUUUGAAGGAGGAGGCAUUGACACUUGCCAGGGUGACAGCGGAGGGCCUCUGAUGUGUAGGGAAAACCGGUCCGAACGCUACUGGAUUGUGGGAGUGACUGCCUGGGGACUGGGCUGUGCCAGGGCUCAGAAACCUGGAGUCUACACUUCUACCCAGAACUUCUACGACUGGAUCCUAGGCUACACAAAAGAAAAGGCUACCCAUGAGAAGGUGGUGUUGCAGGUGCUCCCAGGGACAACACCAUCAACCACAUCUAGUCCAUCGACAACUAAACCGACAACGUCCACAGAAGAAACAAGCCCACCUCCACCCGAACAAACUCCAAGGAAGCAAGAAAUAUCUUUCCAAACCCAGUCAACCUCCAAAACAGAGACAACAUCCCUACAGCGAAAUCCAUGGCCUUACUUACAAACAGAAAAUACUACUGGUUCUUUGAUGACCACUUCAACAACCACUGUUACUACCACUGAAACCACCACCGAGGCCACUAUGGAAACCAUCCCCGAAGACACCACCAAAGAAAUCAUUGAAACUACCACUGAAGCCACCACUGAAAGUAGUACAACCAGCACCACUCCCACCACCACCAAAGCUCCUCAGCCACAAGUCCCACCUCCCAAGCCCAAACGACACAAGACAAUUACGCUGGGCUCCUACUAUGGCUACAGUGGGAAUCUAAACUGGCCCAAACAUUGGCCUUUCAGACACCCACAAUCUUGA